GUGUUUCUUAGUCUUGUCUUGUGUACUCUGUUUUGUUGUUCUGAAUCCUCUGUGUUUCCAGGUUAGUUACUUUCUGCCCUUGUGUAUCCCUCCUUGUUGAUUACCCUCAUCAGUUUCACCUGUGUCCUGUGCUCCACACCUGUGUUAAUUACUCUGUGUAUUUAGUUCCUCUGUUUCCCCUGUCUCUUGUGAGAUCAUUGUACUGUAUGUCAAACCCUCCUGCAUGUACCUCUUGUUUCCCUGUGCCUGUGUUUGCCUUGUUCGCAUGUAGCCCCCUCAGCGCCCUUCUGUCUCCUGCCGCUACCGUGAUGGAUAAUGAUGGCACCACUGCACUUUUGAAUGGCACAUUUCACUUCUAAAAACCUCCCAGAUGGACCGCUCAGUGGACAAGUCAAAAGUAAUGUGCACUUUGUGUCAAACAGAGUUAAAAUAUCUUUGAAGUACUACAAGUUUGAGCUACCAGCAGCUAAUGUGCAGCUAAUAGGACUGUUGUCAGCGGCGUAUCAAUCAUCACGGACCUGUGGAUAAAACUACAUAGAAGAGGUCAGCUACAGCACUUACUUGGUUUCAAUCCACGCUGGUGUGGCAGGGCAGCAUUAUUUGAAUGGUUAAGCCAACCAAACUAUUUGGACAGGUUUUGGGAAAUGAUCAUGCCUUUGCCUGAACAGAAAACUCACUUCUUGUUUCAGAAGUUUUCAAAUUGAGACAAUUUGCCUCUCAACAUGAUUCCAUACAGCCUCGGUCACAUAGGCACUCCUUAAAUACUAAGACAAGCCUCCAUUUCUUCCUCCCUCUCUUUCUGUCUGCAUUCAACUCUAAACCUCUCUGUUUCUCCCUUCCACUCUUUCUAUUUCUCCAUCUCUGCUGAGCACAAUUUCCCCCUCCAUCUUUCUCUCUGCAUCCAAUCCCCCCCCUGUUGUUCAUUCAUUUUUCAUUCACUUGCAUCUGACUUCAAAUAUUUCUCCCCUUUUCUCAUCCUGCAUCUAUUUGUCUCUGCCUGCCUCUCCCUGCUCUCCGUCUCUGUCCUGCUGUAUCUCUUUCUCCCGCUGUCCGUCUCGAUUUGUCUCAGUGGACAGGUUGGUUUCUCUCAGGGCUGCACUCUGACAUGGUGAAAUGGAGUUAGUUUGUUCCUGCAGUGAUGGCCGCACUCUGCAGUUGGGAUAACAACUCCAGAUAUUGACGGAGAGGACUUCAGGGGUCACCAUGAGCUGGCAGGAAGAAGAGAUGAAGCCUCACAGCACUGCACACAUCUGCUGAAGGCACAGUAACAUCUUUAAGGGUACUCAGAAGCCAAUAAGGAUUACCCCCUGCCUGAUCAUUUGACGGAGUACGAACGCAAAAAGGAGUGAGUCAUUUCUUCAUAUAUCUUGCGCUUUUGGCUUCUUUGGAGAGGAUAUGGCACGGGCGGCGAUGGAGAGAGGAGCGCAGCCGGCACAGGCGAGAGGAAACAGGAGCUGAAUGACAGGAUGCCAGCGACCUGAGCCCGCUCUCAGAUCAACUUCGUUACAAGAGACACUUCUGCUUUAUUUGUCGAGUUUAAGAGAAGACAGAAGAAUACUUGGCUCACAAACAAACCCUGUUGGAGGAGUUUAAUUUUGGAGUUUUUUUUAUAUGCGUAAUUUUAUUUUUUGGGAGAGAAAACAAGGAUGCAUUGUGGAUUAGUCUUUAUCCUGUUCAUGGGAAUCCUUUUGGUGGUCAAGGCUUUCAAAAACGACAAAUGUGGAGGCAACAUCAGAAUCUCAAACCCCAACUACCUCACCUCGCCGGGAUACCCCAUGUCUUAUCCCUCUUCUCAGAGAUGCACGUGGGUGAUAUCUGCGCCUGGUCCUCACCAGAGGAUCCUCAUCAACUUUAAUCCGCAUUUCGAUCUGGAGGACCGGGAGUGCAAGUAUGACUACGUGGAGGUGCGAGAUGGGGUGGAUGAGAGCGGUCAGCUUGUGGGGAAAUACUGUGGGAAGAUCGCUCCAUCUCCGGUCGUCUCUUCAGGAAACCAGCUUUUCAUCAAGUUCGUGUCUGACUAUGAGACCCACGGAGCAGGUUUCUCCAUUCGAUAUGAGAUCUUCAAGACAGGUCCUGAAUGCUCCAGGAACUUCACCUCCAACAGCGGUGUCAUAAAGUCGCCAGGUUUCCCAGAAAAAUACCCCAACAACCUGGACUGCACUUUCAUGAUCUUCGCUCCCAAGAUGUCUGAGAUCAUUUUGGAGUUUGAGAGCUUCGAGCUGGAGCCGGACCCGACUCCGCCUGCUGGUGUUUUCUGCCGCUAUGACAGACUGGAGAUCUGGGAUGGCUUCCCUGGAGUGGGUCCAUACAUCGGGAGAUACUGUGGGCAGAACACCCCAGGCAGGAUCAUCUCCUACACUGGCAUCCUGGCGCUGACAAUCAACACCGACAGCGCCAUUGCUAAGGAAGGCUUCUCUGCCAACUUCACUGUCAUUGAAAGGACUGUUCCAGAAGACUUUGACUGCAGCGACCCUUUGGGAAUGGAAUCAGGAGAGAUAACAUCGGACCAAAUCGUGGCUUCAUCCCACUACAACCCCAGCUGGUCCCAAGAGCGCUCCAGACUCAACUACUACGAAAAUGCAUGGACGCCGGCAGAGGACUCGAACAAAGAGUGGAUUCAGGUGGACCUUGGGUUCUUGCGGUUCGUCUCAGCCAUCGGUACCCAGGGCGCCAUUUCCCAGGAGACCAGGAGGGUUUACUUUGUCAAGUCAUACAAAGUGGAUGUCAGCUCUAAUGGAGAGGACUGGAUCACUUUGAAGGAAGGCUCCAAACAAAAGGUUUUUCAAGGCAACACCAAUCCGACAGACGUUACCAAGACGAAGCUGCCCAAACCCACACUAACGCGUUUCGUCCGAGUCCGUCCCGUUACCUGGGAAACAGGCAUCGCACUGCGCUUCGAGGUGUACGGAUGUAAGAUAUCAGAGUACCCCUGCUCAGGCAUGCUGGGCAUGGUAUCAGGUUUAAUUACAGACAACCAGAUCACUGCCUCCUCUCAUACGGACCGGAGCUGGGUACCAGAGAAUGCUCGUUUGUUGACCAGCAGGACAGGGUGGACCCUGUUGCCCCAGCCCCAGCCCUUCACCAACGAAUGGCUGCAGGUGGACCUCGGCGAUGAGAAACUGGUGAAGGGAUUGAUCAUCCAGGGAGGGAAGCACCGUGAGAACAAAGUCUUCAUGAAGAAGUUUCGACUGGGUUACAGUAACAACGGCUCUGAGUGGAGGAUGGUCUUAGACACCAACGGGAACAAGCCGAAGAUCUUUGAAGGGAAUAGCAACUAUGACACUCCUGAGCUGAGGACGGUGGAGCCCCUGCUGACACGUUUCAUCAGAAUAUACCCAGAGAGGGCCACUCCUGCUGGCAUGGGCCUCCGGCUUGAACUGCUUGGCUGCGAAAUUGAAGCUCCUACUCUACCGCCUACCACAACAGCACCGAGCACCACUCCAUCAGACGAGUGUGACGACGACCAGGCGAGCUGCCACAGCGGCACAGGUGAUGACUACGAUGUGACAGGUAGUACCAUCAUACCGGGGACCACUACUGCAGAAGUGGACACCAUCCCAGCUUUUCUGUGGUUUGCCUGCGACUUCGGUUGGGCCAACGAUCCGUCCUUCUGCAGCUGGACAUCAGAGAACACAGGCUCCAGGUGGCAGAUACAGUCAAGUGGCACUCCCACGCUCAACACGGGACCCAACAUGGACCACACAGGUGGAUCAGGGAACUUCAUCUAUACCCUCGCGACACGUCCUCAAGAUACGGAGGUGGCUCGGCUCAUCAGCCCGGUGGUCAGCUCUCCGGACUCAGACCUGUGUGUGUCUUUCUGGUACCACAUGUUCGGCCCACACAUUGGCACUCUGCAUAUCAAACAGCGCAAACAGACAGUCGACGGUCCAGCUGACAUCCUGCUGUGGACUGUAAGUGGUCACCAGGGCAACCGCUGGAGGGAAGGCCGUGUCCUUGUGCCACGCACCAACAAACCCUAUCAGGUUGUGAUCGAAGGUCUGGUUGAUGGAAAGAGCUGGGGGGACAUUGCUGUGGAUGACAUUAAGGUUCUCAAUGGACUCAGCAUGGCUGAGUGUAAAGACCCUGAUGUGCCCACUGAGCCAAUGCUACCAGAGGAUCGCCUCAAUGAAAUCCUUGAGGACAUCACCGUGUAUCCAGACUUUGUGGAGACCAACCAGAUCAGCGGGGCGGGCAACAUGCUGAAGACGCUCGACCCAAUUCUCAUCACCAUCAUCGCCAUGUCAGCCCUCGGGGUCUUCCUGGGGGCCAUCUGUGGCGUGGUCUUGUACUGCGCCUGCUCACACGGUGGCAUGUCGGACAGGAACUUAUCAGCCCUGGAGAACUAUAACUUUGAGCUAGUGGAUGGCGUGAAGCUAAAGAAGGACAAACUCAAUGUACAGAGCUCAUACUCAGAGGCGUGAGCUGGGACUGGGUGCAUCAUGUGACUGUAUGACGUGCAGAGCGUGCACAAGACUGGCUGUAGGCAUAUGCUCUCGUGUAUCAGCGAGUAGGCAGGCUCAUGGACUGCCACCACCCUCAACUUCACUGGAUGAGGGACAGGUUCAGGAACCAAUGGGAGGUUUGGACUGACCCACGCUUUUUCUCAGGAGCAGCAGUAAAAAGAACCUACCAGUAGGGGACACUGUGUACAAAUAAACUACAGAAAAAAAUAUGUACAGAUGAUUCAGAUGAUAUUUUAAUUUUUCUAUUUUGAUUUUCAUUCAUUUUUACAAUCGGAUGCUGGUGUUGAGACCAAUUUAUUAAUAAUGUUAAAAGUAUUUAUCAUUUUCUGGGAAAGAAAUCUUUUUUUUCUUUAUCAGUCCAUGAAGGUUGUUUAUUUUGGACUUUUGAAAGAGACGUAUCAAAAUCUAAAAUGAACCAUAUCCGGCAAAACUGUAGAUUUGCCCCAUGUUGUGGCAUACAGGGUGUGCCCAUUACCCAUGUACCUUUUCCCCUUUGACCUCUAUCAUUCUAAAGUGAGGGUCCCAUUCAUGGCAAUGUAUGGUUCUGACAGUGCCUUUAGUAUAUUUCAGUUGGCCUCUUCUGUUGAUCCGGGUGUUUUUUACUGUACAUGGCUUAAGUUAUGACAGAAAACAGGGGCACAUUAUCGUAUGAAUAUCUGCAAAUCAGGAUAACAAUCUGUCACAGCGCUUUGUUUUUGUUUGUUGUUGUUGUUUUCUGUCCAAAACCCACACACUGUAAAUAAGUUUUAAUAUAUUUUAUUGCCCUUUUUAAAGAAAGUAAAAAGGAAAAAAGCUGCAGUAUCCCUUUUUUCAUGGGUUUGUGUGUGUGUAAAUACAAUCUUCUGACUGUUCUGUGGAAGGUGCAGUGUUAUGGUUUUGAUUUUUAGGUUUUCUUGCUCAGACGAGUUAGCUUUUUGUGAUAUUACGGCGACUUUCAAUGUGCAUUCAAGCCAUCUGUCACCGAAAACACCCGCCCACAAAAGACAAGUGAAUUAAAUGUAAUGAAACAAAAAAAAAAAACAGUUGACAGGAUGAACUCUUAAAGAUCUUUUUCAACUAAUGCCACAAUUCUUCAUCAUAUAUCUGCUCUGCAUUCAACUGGUCACCUGAAUUCAUAUAGUUUCAUGUAUAAUUUCAUAUAGCUUCAAACACUCUCAUGUCAAAGGCAGAGGAGGUGUUAAAGUAUAAAAAAAAUGUCUGUCAGCAUACCAAAAACUCAACAAUCAUCAUCACUGCUCUGCUUUAGCUAUGCUAGCUCAUCCCCUCCUUACGUCACUGUGGAUUGUUCACUGAAGAAGUGCUCUCUGGACAAUGCAGCUUGAAUGCACUUUGUUACUGAUCCCCUCAUUUUAAAAAAAGAGGGUUUAACACACUAACUGAAGAAUGGUGCUAACAUUACUUUAGCCAGACACAUCUGUCUCUUUAAAAAAAAAAAAAGCCCAGUUUGUAUUGUUCACAUGCUGUAUUGUAGCUUAAGGCCUCAUAGAGGGGCCACAAAGAGUUUUACGUGUUUCACGUGUAGCAGCCAUAACGUUGUGAUGUCAGAGCUGAUGUCAUUCAGACGGGACAAUGGUACAGCGAGGGAUUGCGGGGCGUCACCUGAAUCAGGUCACCUGGCCUCCCCUCCAUGGCUUUACCAAAGGAUGGUCGCCCCCUUCUGGUUCAUGGGGGCUCUCACCUACACUCAAAAAACAAGAAAACUGCAGUUUUCCCAUGAUUCACUCAGAAAAAGAACUGGCUUUACUCUUUAAGAUUUCCCAAAAGGGGAGGUGAUGGAGUGGAGAAACGUGUGACAGUGUUUUUCUAUCUCUUUAUAAGCUCAAAGAAGUGCAAAUGUUACUUCAAAGUGAACUCUUUAAAUCUCUAUGGAGACUCUUGUUUGCAGAUGGAUGUAUCGGACAAUCCCAAGCUAACCCGACACUACAAAGGGAAGGAACUCUGUGUGAACUCCAUGUGAGACUGACAGUAUCAGGACACAAGAACCCACAGUACAGGAACUCGGCGUUUUUUCCACAAUCAAUCUAAGAACUCAAUACUGAGAGGGGUGACGUCUUUUUACAUCUGUGUGCUUUGUAUGUCGUGCCGUGGUGAACACAUCCUCAGCUUUGUUCAUGUCAGAAAUCGACCUCCCACUCCUCUCGACCUCUACACCGUAACGUCUGCCGCGCUUUCAGCUGUAGAGGACUGUAGCUCCAGCGACGUCUGCUAAAACUAGAGAAAAAGGAUACUGUAGCGUGGACUCAAGAGAAACAAUGUUGCACUGAUAAAUAUAUUUAAGAGGUUUAUGUGUUUAUAGCGUUCAUUUGCAAAAAAACAGAAGAAAGUCAAAAACACAAAAAACACAUGUUCAUUUCUUUCAUCUUUUUUAUAUAUAUAGUUUCAGAUUAUGUGAUAUAAUUCUGAAAUGUAAAAAUAUUGAGAUGUUUUCAUUAUUGAAAAAGGCAAAUAGAUUUUCCAACAGUAAUGUCCCUCCCCUACACAUUUACAUGGCAUAUUAACGCUUCGUUUUGUACUGUCAUUCAAAUUUUGUGCAGAUUUUGUUCUGUUUUUUACAAAGAACAAGAAAAUAAGACUUUUAUUUUCAAUACUGCUUCUGUAAUUUUGCUGUUGUAGGAAAAAAACGAAUAAACAGCAAGGCCUUAAAAAAAGAAAAGGGGAUAUUUGUGUUGUGAUCCAGAAUCCAGAUCUUGUUUUUCUUUUAUUCCGAUCAGAUCCUCAUCACAGCCGUGCUGUAAAGGUUCACCAGCAGCCUCACAAUCAGCUCUUUGGAGCAACAUCUGUUCUGUCCAUCAAAGUGAUGUGAAAGCACUAAUACAGCAAGACAGUGAUGUAAACAGGAACAGUUUGUCUAGACUUUGUUUUACAGCCAUCGCUUUCCAAAGAUACAAAUAAAAGGCUUCUUCAUAUGAA